UAUUGCUUUGGCAAUUGGCUUAGAUCAGUUUAGAUUUUUUUUUUUCUUUUUUUAUAUUGUUACAAUAAUUUUCCAAAUAAGGAAAUUUAUUUUUUAAUUUUCCAGCUGUCAAACAUAACCUUGCUCUUUCGAAAUUUGAGUGUUGUGUGUGUUUUUUUGUGUCUAAGAGAAAAAUGGCAUCAUAUAAUAUGAUUGAUAAAUCAAGCAAAUUUAUAUCAAAUACUGAACAACUUUUGGCACUAACACAACAUCGUAUUAAUGAUAAAAAAACAAUAAACAAACAUCUAGAUGAAUUGAAUAAUAUAAAUUACAAAAAUUUUAUAAUUCCUGAUAAUGAAACAGUUAUGUUAUUGAUAAAUAGUCUUUGUAAUGUUAUCCAAGUUACUGAGACAAUAUUAAUAAACAAUUAUUGUAAAUUAAUAUGUAAUUUAAUUGAAGGUGGUUGUACAUUAUCAAAAAGAACAUAUUUAACAUGUAAAAAAUGGAUAUUUCAAGUCCUAGAAUUUUCUGAAUUAUCAACUAAAAAAAAUGGCUUAAAUUCAUUAAAAUGUUUAAUUGAUGUUGGAACAUUUGAGGGUAUAUCACAAGAUAUUGAAAAACUUGUUGGUGAUAAUGGAUUUAUCAAGACCCUAGCAAUACCCAGCAACAAUGGAGUUGAUGAAAUUAAUUAUUUAUCUGUUAAUUGUAUUGAGAGUAUAUUAAUAAGUAAAGAAAAAAAUGAAGCAUCAUUAUCUGGACAUAAUCGUAAAAUAAUCAAAGAUAUUGUUAUAAAUAUUUUGACAAUAUCCAAGGCUAAUGAUCACAAUCAACUAUUUUACAACAAAGUAAUUUGCAGUUGUUUAAGAAUUUUAAGUCUUUUAUUAUCAACAAAUUUAAUAAAUGAUGAUCCAGAAUCAAUUGGUGAAGUACUUGGAAUAAUACAGUCAUAUUUAUUUCAUGGUAUACCAAAUUAUCAAAAAAUAACACCACAAAAUCUUCGUCCAGCAAUGAUGAAUUUACCUGAACGUGUUCAUGUACCACCAAAAGGACGUAGUUCACGUACAUCAACAAAAUCAAAAUCAAAAAGAUUAACAACUAAAAAAAUUCUUGAUAAUUCAAUAGUAAAACAGGAUGUAUUAAAAUUAAAUACAAAUAAAUCAAGUGAUUCAGAAACAUCUGAUAAUGAAACAAUAAAUCAAUCACGUUUUGAUUCAAAAAUUCGUUUGGAAACAAUUAAUUUAUUAUACACAUCAAUACGUGAAAUAUCAAGUCGUCAAAUGUUUGGCUAUUGGUCACAAAUAAUAUCAAGUGGUACAUCAGAAUCAUCAAGAGUAUUAAUAAAGUUAAUAUUAAUUGAUGAUUAUUCAAAAAAUCGUCAAAAUGCAUUAUCAACAUUAACUGAAGCAAUUAAUUGUGCUAAAACAUUUUUAACACAUGCUGAUGACAAUGAACAUCCAUCAUUUUUAACAAUAUUUGGUACUGUUGGAGCAAUGAUUAAAGAAUUACAUUAUUCAUUAUCAUUAUUAUUAAGUACUGAAAAAAAUAUUGCUGUUAUAACACAUGCAUUAAAAUGUUCAUCAUCAUUAAUACAAACAACACCAUAUUCAAGAUUAAAAAAUGGUUUGGCUAAAAAAAUUGCUAGAAAUUGUCGUGCAUUUAUUUAUCAUAAAGAUCCAACAAUUCGUGUUGCUGUAUUAUCUGUAUAUGAAUCAUUUGCAAAUGUUGAUAAUAUAACACCAGAAAUACAAGCAAUUCUUGAUCAAAAAUAUAGUAAAAAUUGGUAUAUCAAUAAAGCCAUGAAUAUUGAAGAAAAAAUAUCAAGUAAUAAUGAUGAUGAUGUUGAUGAUGUUGAUGAUAAUGAAGAGAUUGAUGAAAUUGAUGUUGCAAACUUUGAUGAUACACUUGAAAUUGAUGAUCAAGAUGAUGAUGAUAGCUCAAAACAAAUGACAAUAUUACUUGAUAUUUGUUUGAAAAAUAUAACUGAUAAAUUGGUACACAUACCAGUUAGACUUCAGUCAUUAAAAUUACUUGCAGCAUUGUCAUCAAAUAUUGAUAAUUCAAUAAUUAAUUUUCUUGAUAAAAUUACAAAUACUCUGCUUGAUACAUUUAAUGAAAAUGAGCCACAAAUUGCAUUACAUUCAUGUCGUGUAUUAGAAAUAAUAUCAUCAAAGUUAUCAUCAACAGUUGAUGAUAAUUUAUUGUUAUUAAAAAAAUUUUGGAAUGAAAUAUUUAAUCCAAUUAUUGGAUUAUUAAAAAAUGAUAAUACAAAUUUACGUGAAGUUGCUUGUGAUUGUCUUGGUAGUAUUAAUAAUCAAAUAUUUAAUGAAUUUAAUUUAUCACAACAAAGAACAGUAAUAACAAUACUCAUUGGUGCUGUAAGAGAUAAUGAAACAGUUGUUAGAGCAGCUGGUUUACGUUCAUUAGGUUUAUUAAUAACAUUACCAUGUUUAGAAGAUGAAAUUGGUUUUAUAAUGGAUCUUGCUGAUCUUGUUAGUACAUCACUUGAUGAUAAAAAUAUAAGUGUUCGUAUUAAAGCAGCAUGGACACUUGCUAAUUUAACUGAUUGUUUAAUACGUCAAAAAAAUAAUGAUAAUAUUGAACAAUUAAAUUUAAAUAAUUUAUUACCAAAAUUAUAUUGUGUAAGUGUUAAUGCAUCAAAAGAUAAUAACAAAGUUAAAUGUAAUUCAUUGAGAGCUGUUGGUAAUAUUAUUAAUAUGAGUAAUAAUAGAGAUAUAUUGGGUGAUGUUUCUGGUGCAAUUGAUGUACUAAUUGAUUCAGCUAAAAGUGGUAAUGAUAUGAAAGUAAGAUGGAAUUCAUGUCGUGCUAUUGGUUUUAUAUUGAGCAAUGAACCAGAUGUUGUAUUACCAUCAACAUGGAGAGAUAUUAUAUUUCCAGAAUUAUGUGAAUUAAUAAUUCAUGCUAGUAAUUUUAAAGUACGUACAAAUGCUGCAUGGGCAUUGACAUCUUGUAAUUGUUAUGGUAAAUAUGUUGUUAUUAUAUUGAAAAAUAUAUUAAUUGCACUUGAUAAUUCUGAGCAUGUACCAAAUUUUGUUGAAUACGGACAUAGAGAUGCACUUGUACAACAACUUUGUUUGGCAUUUGCAAAUAUUAUCAAGUGUAUUGAUGCUGGACAUCUUGAUGCUAUAUGGCAAGAUUUACAAAAUCGCAUUGAGUAUAUUGCUGGGUAUAUGAGAAAAUUUCAAGAACGUGCAUUACCAGAAAAAACAAGAGAUUUAAUUGAUGCUAGACUUAAAAUGAUUGAGCUUUGUCAAAAUAAACAGUUGAAAGAUUAUGAAAAAAAUAUUGCCAAUGAACUUGCUAAAAUUUUUGAUGCAAAUUGUUAUUUGUAAAUAGUAAAUUUUGUAUUAUAAAUAAAUAAAUUAAUUAA